AUGAUACCAAAUAUUGGACUUAAACGUAAAUCAUCAUUAGAUAACAGUAAUGUAACAACAACUUAUAAUAAUCCAAUAUCAACAUUAACAAAACGAUUUCGUGGUACUACUUAUGAUGGAAAAAACCAUCAGAAUGAAUAUCGAAUGUCAUUAUUAUCAUCAUCAACAACACUUAAAUCUAAACACGAUUCGAAAAAGAUGACGAUCUUAAAUGGUGAACAAAAUCAUACAUAUAAACGAUUAGAUGAAUCGAAAAUGACACCGGUUAUGCUUGCUGAAUAUCGUCGUCUUCAACAUGAAUUACAAUGUCAAGAAGCAUUACUUGUUCUUAUGCAAAAACUUAAAACAAAUCAAAGACUUAUAUCACAAACAAAUAAUACUAAUACUACUAAUACUAGUAUAAAACAACGAACAACAACAACAACAAUAACAACACCAACAACAGCAACUAAAUUAAAUCAACAAUCUACAGAUGUAAAAACUCCAAUAUUAGCAACUAAACAACAACAACAGAAUAAUUCAAAUCGAUCAACACCAACAAAAACACCACAUCCAAAUCAAUAUACUGUUAAUCGUUCGAAUAAUAAUAAUAGUCAAAUAGCACAACAACAAUCAUCGAAAAAUUCUCAAUCAAUACCUCAGGCUAUUCGUCAAUCAAAUAAUACUAAUACGAAUACUAAUAACACAUUACUACCACCAGCAACGGCUACUCGAAUAUCAUCGACAGUGCCAACAUCAGCAACAAAAAAUUCGUCAAAUACAUCCACAGCAAGCAAUUCAUCAAAAAGUAAUGGUGUUGCUGCUGAACAACAUUUAUUAAAUGCUAAAUUAGCAUUACGCAAACAACUUGAACAAACAUUAUUACAAAUUCCAACACCAAAACCGUCCACAUGUGAUUUAACAUUCAUUCCUGGUGUUAAUGGUUGGUCUGAAUUUCUUGCUUUUCUUGGCCUUGAACAAGCUCUUAAUACAUAUACAGAUAUUGUUAAUCGUCGUUCAUAUGAAAUUUCAAUGAAUUUACCAAAUGUAUGUGUACAAUGUGGUACUGAUUGGUCUGUUACAUGGCAUGAAAUGUCAUCCAAUAGUGAUACAAAUUCUGAUGAUAAAAUUUUAUGUGAUCGUUGUACAAAAACAUCACAAAAGAAAUUACUUAAACAAGAUCAUUCAAAUCGUUUACGACAAGCAUUUAUUAAAGCAUUACAACAAGAAAAAGAACUUGAUGCUAAAUUUCAACAACAAUCAACAACAACAACAACAACAACAACAACAUCAUCAUCAUCCACACCAACAACAAAUACAGUUAAACAAUCUUCAUCUACUCAACAACAACAUAGUAAACAUGUACAUCAAACAAAUAAACAUUCAAAUAAACCAUUAUCAACAAAAACAAGUUCAAAUCAUCAUCAUCAUCAUCAUCAACAUAAUAAUAAUAGUAUAAAUCAUAAUCAUCAUUCUCAUUCUCAUCAUCAUCAUCAUCAUCAUACAGGAAAAAGUAGUAGUAGUAGUAGUUCAUCAAAAAAUCAUAAUACAAAUCCAACAUCAAUACCAACACUAAAUCCAACAUCAGCAGAAACAUUAGCAUCAACAUUAGCUGCAUUACAAACAAAUGAACAAAUGGAAUUUUUUCAAAAACAUUUUCUAUCAAAUAUGCUUCCCUUUGCUGUUGCUAAUCAAGCAGCAGCACUUGCAGCUAAAACAACACAACAACAACAACAACAACAAGCAGCAUUAGCUGCAUUACCAGCUAUGGCUGCAUCACUUAUGCGUCAACAAAAUCCAGCUCAAUAUUUACUUGAUAUGAUACCACAAGCAGCUAAACAGCAACAUCAUCAUCAUUCGAAAUGA